AUGAGAACCCAGCUAUUUUUUGCAACUCUAGUAGCGGUUGCUAGUGCCAUUCCCGCGCCAAACCCCGAGAUAUGUGGCCCUAAUUCAAACUGCGAAUUGGUGGCCUCCAACGGUACCAAGGCUUACCGGUUUAAGUCGGGUCAUGAGCCGGGCAGCCACGACUACCAGAAGAGAUUUUACGAGAUCCCGGGGCCUCGGGGGCUGGCCCGCCGGGCCGAUGCUGUCGAAACCAAGGUAGUCAUGGGUGAGACCAGGAUGCAAUGGGGAUGUGACACCGACGUGCAGGCCAAGCUUAGAGAUUCGAUCAAUGCAGCCUGCAAGAAGGAGGGCGGAUGUGACGAGGGCACUCCGAAGAGCUUCGAUAUUAGCAAGUGGGAGGGCACGACCAAAGAGCCCAGUGACGCAAAGUUGAAUAUCAGACUCGAAGGCAAGUACUCCAACGAGGACGCUAGGAAUGCCCUGCAGGAGGCCCUAGAGGCUACCGUCACCGGUGACAGCGUUACUACGAACGACCAGAAAUGGAUAGUUCGAGCCUCUGCCUCUGCCAACCAUUGGGGUAUGUCUGAUAGAGGGGGAGAUUGCUCGGAGAAGCAAUUUCCUAACUAUGUUGCUAUCAACCGUUUCGAGAGCGGUAAUCUUAAGGAGUCGAUGGAGUUUCGAGCGGAGCUUGUUGAGGGUGAAAAGAAUUGCUUGGGAGUAACUAUCAUGGGAGCCAUUGCUGGGGCAAUCAACCCCAUCGCCGGCAAGUUCUUUGGAGCUGUGAAGGUAUUAUGCGAGAGCGAACUAUAA